AUGAAGCACCUUGAUCGUUUUCUACGUCAUGUCCAUGGCAAAGAGAAACCAGACCAACCGCCGUCGAUUGGGUCUGAGGUGUACUCCCAACCGCCGCCCAAUGCCUUUGCUCAAAAUGCGCCACAAGCCCGAAAUGCCCCGUCGGAGCCACUGAGCGUUUUCGCUCACUUCCUGGUUGGGACUGCCGGAGCUAUGUCGCCUGCCGAGUGGGAACGCGAUAUCAUCGAGGCGCAGAAAGCUCAUAUUGACGGAUUUGCGCUAAACAUUGCCCCCCAAGAUGACUAUACCGAUAGGGUUCUACAGGCAGCUUAUGACGCCGCUGAGAGGAUUGGCGACUUCUCACUUUUCAUCUCGUUCGACUAUCUAUCGGGAGGACCAUGGCCGCAAGACCGAGUCAUCACCAUAAUCAAUACGUAUAAGAGUAGACGAGCCCAAUAUCUCUACAAAGGAAAGCCAUUGGUGUCCACGUUUGAAGGCGUGGGGAAUUCGGGUGACUGGCCAAAUAUAAAGAGCGCGACUGGCUGCAUUUUUAUUCCUUCCUGGACCAGCCUUGCGCCAUCGGGUUUACACACUGUCCACAAUGUGAUUGACGGCGCGUUCAGCUGGGAUGCCUGGCCAGUUGGGGCAGAAGACAAGGACUCAUCUAGCGACAAGGCUUGGAUCGAUGCCCUUGCCGGGAAACCGUACAUGAUGGCUGUUUCUCCAUGGUUCUACACGAACCUUCCACAGUGGAAUAAGAACUGGCUUUGGCGUGGCGAUAACCUAUGGCAUUACCGCUGGCGCCAUGUGAUGGAUUUGCAGCCAGCGUUGGUUCAGAUCCUCAGCUGGAACGAUUACGGAGAGACGCACUACAUCGGGCCAAUUUACGAGCCGGGGGUCCCAGAUGGAGCUAUGCGCUUUGUGAAAGGCUGCCCCCAUGAUGCGUGGCGUGAAUUACUACCCCACUAUAUCGAUGCCUAUCGUCGGCAGAACGCGAUGAUCCGCGAGGGAGUGUCAAACCCAGGCGCGGUGACCUCUUAUGCCCCUAAACAACCUCUUCCGUAUAAGGACAAGAUUGUGUAUUGGUAUCGACUCAAUCCGAGCACCUCUGGAAAUGCCGGCGGAACAACAGGGAACAACCCGAACAUGGGCCAGCCGGAAUUGAAACCGGGAGAUGUGUCGGAGGAUAAAGUGUUUGUCAGCGUGCUAGUGACUGAACCAAGCGAUGUGCAUAUUCGCAUUGGCGAUGCAGCACCUACGAUCUUGUCUGCAGAAGAAUGUGGAGUAAACCACGUCUCUGUGCCUUUCAAUGGGCAGUCGGGGCCAGUACACUUUGCAAUUGUGCGCCAUGGCAGGGAAAUCGAGUCGACCAGGGGCCCUGCUAUAACGGAAAAUUGCGCAGACGGCAUGGUGAACUGGAAUAGUAUCUCUAACCACCAGCCCAGCUUGGCUUAUCGCCAGUAUGAGCGGCUGCCUGAAACCCUCCACUUCGACUACCAGCCUCCGACUGCUGCCCCCCCUGCACGCCCCAACGUAAACCCAGCGACAAUCAACCCCGCGGACUACUCACAGUCGUACUGCGAUUUUAUGACUGAGAACCCCACCAUAUUCCACGCCGUCCACAGUUUCGCAAAGCAACUCGAAGGCAAGGGAUACCGGUUCCUUUCCGAGCGGGAAUUAUGGACGCCGAAGCUCGAACGUGGAGGAAAAUACUAUACUACACGGAAUGGAAGCUCUCUCGUCGCAUUCUCCGUUGGGUCUGAGUACAAGAGUGGUAACGGCCUCGCUAUCGUCGCCGGCCAUAUCGAUGCCCUAACAGCCAAGCUCAAGCCCGUCUCCAAGCUUCCCACCAAGGCUGGCUACACCCAGCUGGGCGUUGCUCCUUAUGCCGGCGGUUUAGGCAAGACUUGGUGGGACCGUGAUUUGUCCAUUGGUGGAAAGGUCCUCGUCCGCAAUUCCAGCACGGGCAAGAUCGAAUCCAAGCUUGUUAAGCUGGACUGGCCGAUUGCACGCAUUCCAUCGCUCGCGGAACAUUUUGGUGCCCCUGCGCAGGGACCUUUUAACAAGGAGACACAGAUGGUGCCUAUCAUCGGAGUUGACAACUCUGACCUCUAUGAAUCCGCUGGCAAAACAGACACCGCUGCGGCUGACGAGGGAAUUGAGCCUGGCACAUUCGCCGCCUCGCAAUCCCCCAAACUCGUCAAGGUGAUCUCUAAAGAGCUUGGCAUCACAAACUACAGCAGCAUUCUCAGCUGGGAACUCGAGCUGUAUGACAGCCAGCCGGCACGCCUGGGCGGUCUUGAAAAAGACUUCAUCUUUGCCGGUCGUAUCGACGACAAGCUCUGCUGCUAUGCUGCACAGGAAGCCCUCAUUGCCUCCUCGGAUGACACCUCCCCCGCGUCAAUCAAGAUGGUCGGAUUUUUUGAUGAUGAAGAAAUUGGUAGUUUACUCCGCCAAGGAGCUCGCUCCAACCUCAUGUCAAGCGUCAUCGAACGCAUCACCCAAUCCUUUGCAAGCUCAUAUGGCCCCGACCUGCUUGCUCAAACUGUUGCAAACAGUUUCCUUAUCUCCUCAGAUGUCACACAUGCCGUUAACCCCAACUUCUUGAACGUGUACCUCGAGAACCACUCGCCGCGCCUCAACGUUGGUGUCUCUGUGUCUGCUGACUCAAACGGCCACAUGACUACCGACAGCGUUAGCUACGGGUUCAUCAAGCGUGUCGCUGACCGAACCGGCUCUGAAAUACAGGUCUUCCAGAUUCGGAAUGACUCGCGGAGUGGUGGAACGAUUGGUCCAAUGACCAGUGCACAGAUCGGCAUGCGAGCUAUUGAUGUGGGGAUCCCGCAAUUGAGUAUGCAUAGUAUUCGUGCGACGACGGGCAGCCUCGACCCUGGGCUGGGUGUUAAGCUUUUCAAGGGAUUCUUCGAUCACUUUGAGGAGGUGGAUAAGGAGUUUACUGACUUUUAA